GUCUCCACGUGGCGUUGGAGAGGUUGACAAAGAUGUGUUCGAUGAGUUCAACCCGCUCAGGCAGGCGAUCGAAUUGAGCCAUCGUCAGAUGCCAGCCCACAUAGAACAAGAAUACGUGAGAGGAUUGCGGCUCUUCAAAAGUAACGUGGCGAACAACGGGGAGCUGCCGGUGGCCGCCGUGUGUGGCGGCUCGGACAUGCCUUUGGUGGCCGUCGCCGAACUCACGCGCUUCUGGGCCGAUAACUACGACUUGCACUUCAAGUUUGAUUGCUGCUACACCUCGGAGAAGGACAUGGCCAAGCGGGAGUUCUUGAUGGCGGAGAGCACGGCGAAGCACGUCUUCGGGGAGGUGAAGACUCUCCUCGGAAUGAGGGCCCACGACUUGAGGAGCAAAGCAGAAGAGUACGUCCCCCAGCCCGGGAUCCUGAUCGGUGGGUUCCCGUGCCAAGACAGAUGCAAGAGGAACCCGAACUCGGCCAACAUGGUGGGCUGCGUUUCGCAGGGCGCUGGCCGCACGGGCGAGGUAUUCGAGGACAUCGCGCAGGUGGUCGAGCAAACGCGCCCGAACAUAGUGAUCCUGGAGAACAGCACAGGCCUUCUUCAGCCCAACCCUGGCACCGAGACGUCGGAUUGCGACUACAUCGCCUCCAGAUUUUCCGUGGACAUGGGAAUCCAUGCCGGCUCCAGGUACUUCUCUUUCGACAGGGUGGUCGAGGCCAAGGACUUUGGCAGCAAGAGUGCGCGCGAAAGGGUCUACAUGUUCAAGGGCUGUUUCCGUUCGGAGGCAUCUCUUCUUGCUCUCGGUUCGUCCUACGACCAAUUUUUGCAGAGCUGGAAACUUGACAAGGACGCCUUGCCCAUUGACUCGUUCUUGGUGCCCGACAAGAAGGCGGACGUGAUUUACAGCAAGCUCGACCUCCAACGACCACCCAAACACGCUUUGGACUCAGAGAAACCUGGCAGGAACGAGUACCGGCAUCACCACGAAUUCCUGUAUCACCAAGCUGGUUUGUCGUACCCGCCACGCCACGGCGACUUCCCAGCGAAUGCCGCCUACAGUGUGAUUUCCGAUCGGGCGAAGCAGGUGCUGUUGUUCUGCGACAAGCAGUUCCCGCCGACCAAGCCUGACAAGACGUCCGCGGCGUACGACUUCCUGGACGUAAACGAGAACUUGAGCCGCCUCACCAGGACGGAGGAUUUCUUCAAGGCAGGCAACGAAGGAAACGCCCCGACGCCCAAGAACCCCUGGAAACCCAACGUGCUGCCGACGAUGACAGCGCACUCGCAGUGGGUCGUGAGGAUUCUGAAGGACGACGGGAGCAAGGAGCUCAGGCUUCUGCACCCGUUCGAGCUGUUCCUGUUCCAGGGUUGGGGCCCAUGCCAUUGGAAGAAGGGGGUUCAUUCUGCGGAGAGGGUUGCCUACACGUACAGGCUCCUGCAGGAUUUGACAGGGAACGCGUUCAACAAUUUCGCCUUCUGGCCUGUGUUUGCAGGGGCAGUUGCCAUCGCGGGGCUCGCCAGCGAGUUCCCCGACGCCCCCGACGCCACCGACCUCGACGUGGGCGAUGCAGCAGAUGCGGACCCUGAUGCGGGAUCAGCCCUCGGCCCCGGCACCGAAGACGAGAGCGACGCCGACUCUUGA